AUGGCCAAGGAUGACUUGACCGACGCGGCAGGUGCCAUCAUCGCAGUCCCACCAUCUCCCGAACCGGAUCACUACAUGCAUGAACAAGAUUGCCAACAUGACCCUUAUGCUCACCUCCUGUUUCGAUCAAUGGGUUAUGAAACCGGUCCUACUUUGCCUCUUCAGUAUGGCGAUGAUGGCUUCAGUGAGUUGCACUCUUGGUAUGCUCAGAAUCAGCACAGAAUUGCGUCGGAACAAGUCCAAAUGCCUCAGGUACAACCAGUAUACAUACCCUAUGGAGGCCUUUAUGCAGUACCUGCCCAUGGCAAUGUCCAAUUUCCUCCAUCGCAACGCCCAGAGGCACGACCUCGACUGCACCCAUGUGCCAAUAUCCUGUAUUCUUCUCCCGGACAGCUGAUAUCUCAACUGUCACCAUUUCAGGUAUCCCCGCCGAUUCAGGAGUGGCCGACACACAACUUGAGAAUGGAUGAGACCGCCCGAAAGAAACGAGAAGAGUUCUUACAAAAUGAGGAAGCAAAACGAGCUGAACAGGCACAAAGGACAGAAUCAGCAUCGUCGACGCAGUGCAGUGUGCCUCCUGUGCCUCCUUCUUCUUAUCAUCAAAACUAUGGAUAUGCUCAGAACCAUGGGAAGCGCAAGUCCCGCGAUGAAGAUUUGCAGGCGCCGUCUAAUCCUCCGCGACGUUUUCGCACCCUUGUUCCAGGCCCUGCACCUGAGAAGCCUCCUCCAUCCCCCUAUCCAGACGGGACUCAGCAUAUUAUUCGGUCUCAGCCAUCGGACCCUGGUCCUUCGUACAUUUUUCGUCCCUCUAACUAUGAUCCCGUGCGCGCUGCUAAUGAAGAGAAUCAAUCUUACAGCCCUUUUACAGGCCAUGAAUCUUCUGCUGGAAGUUUUGGUCCACCACCCCGCUACUUUAUCCCUACCUCAUCAUCAUCCCGUCACCAUGCAACCUCCCAUAUACAGCAGCCCCUAGAUAAUCCACCGGUGCAUAGCCCCUCACGGAGCGAAGGGACCCGACAGCUUAUCACAGACAAGUAUGAAGCCUAUAAAUGGCCAGUGUGGCACUACGAGCUUCGGUCGGGCACCAGGUUCGACUUCGCGCAAUCGUACAUUCUUGAGUGGCUCGAGAAAACGACUUCCUUUCCGCAGAAACCCAAAUGGCACUGUCACGUAACCACUGGCUUCAUCAAGGGAGGUAGUAGGUUCUCUAUUCUCAUACUCCACAAUGCCGCGAACCCAUUUCAAUGGGGCCCGACCGCUGAAACCACAACGACCAUCGGUGUAUACGGCCGCUACGCGCAUACACACGAGGAGAUACACUGGACGACCAUCACUCCAUGGCUAGUAGCCCCCUUCACAGAAAAUACAGACUUGAUUCUGAAGGAAAAAUGGGGCUUCGAUAUGCCCAAGGCCAGCGAUCGCCGCUUCCACCGUGCCUACUGGCUUGCAGCCAACAUGCAGCCACUAAAGGGGUUGCUCAAUCACUGCAUUUCACAUGAGAAGCCGCACGAUGCGCUUGAGGAAGGCGAGGAUGAUGAAAAGUUUGAGAUCAAAAAGGAAGAUUUGCAGUGCGAGUGGAGUAAUGGGCAGAUGCCAAAGGAGGAUUGCGAAAAGGUGUGGCAGAAGGUACUUGCCGAGAUUGAGGGCAAGGAGAUGGAUCAGCUGGGCUCAGAUCAUGUUACUGUUGGUGGUACGGAGCGCGAGUAUGAAGUGGACUGA